AUGUCUCCUACUAAAAGGCUAUUGACAAUCCCCCUACAAAGACUCCUAAUGGGCGCUCCCAUAGUUGGGAGAAGAAUCGUAGUCGCUCCGGUUCUGCAUCUGCAGCCACCUUUCCGCGUUGCACUCCCGCAGUCAUCGCUAUCGGGGAGGUACUCCACCACCGCCUCUACUACUGCUGCCCAAUCGCCAAGUACGAAACUUUACGACUAUGAAGCUGUGCCCUUCCCCUCCUUCCCCCCACUCCCUCCCCCCCGAUAAUUAACCUACCGCAGGUGAAGUCCCUGACGAAAACAAACCCGCCGAAAACCACCCUGAUCGACGUCCGUGAGCCUGCGGAAUUCGACGCGGGAGCUAUACCCACAGCGGUUAAUAUCCCUAUCACUUCAUCGCCGGACGCGCUCGCGCUCUCGCCGGAAGAGUUUGAGGAUCGGUUUGGGUUUGCGAAGCCGGGGUUGGAGGAGGAGGUUGUGUUUUAUUGUAAGGCUGGGAUUAGGUGUGCUACUGCGGCCCAGCUUGCGGUUGGGGUUGGGUAUCGGCGGGUUGGGGAGUAUAGAGGGAGUUGGAUUGAUUGGGAGAGGAAGGAGAAGGGGGUUUGA